AUGUACCAUUUUGUUUCUCGCAUAGGUAUGACAGCACUGGGAACUCUAUCUGCCAUCGCCAUUGAGAGGUACAUCAUCAUUUCCCGAUCCUUGCAUUGCCAAAAGCUCUCCAACGCCUCCGCCGUAUUGACUAUCUUCUUCAUUUGGAUCUAUUCUUUGUCACAGUCGUUGCCUCCACUAUUCGGGUGGAAUCAGUACGUUGUGGAAACGCCAGGAAUCGCAUGUUCUCUAAAUUGGGAAGAACCUGGAAGCAAACACAUCUCUUACAUAGCUUACAUCUUCUUCUUCGGAUACGUCCUGCCACUUGGCAUCAUGAGCUUUUGCUACAUCAGCGUCGUGUGCAUCAUCAAAAAGUGCUGUCGAUGUAGUUCUACAGCUAAAGCCGAACACAAAGUGACCCUUAUGGCAAGCGCCAUGAUUGUCUGUACUGUGAUCGCAUGGACGCCAUAUGCCGUAGUUUCACUAAUGGCCUCCCUCGGCUAUCGACAUCUACUGGGGCCGGUGGCUGCCGUCUGUCCGGCCGUAUUUGCGAAAACAAGCGUCAUUUAUAAUCCUAUAGUUUAUUUUUUCUUCAAUACUCAGAUUAGAGACGUCAUUAUUUCCAAGCUCCCUGGAAAGAGGCUCAGAGGACCUACUUCUACCGAGAUCAGUAUGGAGACCAAAAGAGGACUGACAAUUGUCAAUACUAUGGUCUCCAGUCCUCACAUAGGGGGCAGUGUGGAGAAUGUCACGACCAAAAACCUAUGA